GGUACCUCUUCUGGUGAGCUUCUCUCCACUGGGGCCCAUAUCCUCCCAUGGGGUGCAGACAUCGCAGCCUCACUCCAGGAAGGGAGCCACCGAGUAGGCCUGUCACUCACGUGGAGGCCUGUCCUCCCUGGGCGAGGGAAGGUCACUGUGAAGGGCCCAGUCCAGGCUGAGUCGGGGUGCACCCCACAGCAGCAGCACGAAGCCCUGGGGCCCUGGGCUGUGACCAAGAUCGAUGACAACUGCAACAGCCUAAGAGAGUGAACACUCACACCUCAUACUGCCUGCCAGGCACCAAGGUCAGCACUAAACGCAUUAAGCCAUCAAAUCCUCAAAAUAGCCCAUUUCACAGUUAGGGAGACUGAGGCAUACACAGAGGCUAAAUGGCUUGUGCAAAGCUGCCACUUGGUAAGUGGGGACCUGAGUCACUGCUACCCCACACUGUCCCUCAGGGGGAGCAGUGAAUCUCUGUGCUCUGCCAAGUCGGCCUCCCAUCAGGCCCUGCAAAAUCAGAGGCUCGGACCAAUUGCACCAUCUCAGUGUCCCUCUGCCUGUCACCCAGACAAUGCCUGACACACAGCAGGUGCUCAACAAAUCAGUACUGAACAAAGUAAAUGAUGGGAAGCUACUUUUUAGGGACGGCAUAACAGAGUGGUUCAGAGCUGGGCUCUGGAGACAGCUGGGCUCGACCACUUCCUCACCAAGUGACCUUAGGCAGUUUAUUCAUUUUGGUGCGCCUGUUUCCCCAUCUGCAAAACAGAGAUGAUAACAUACUUGUCUCCCAGAGCUGAUGUGCUAACAUUUGCAAAGUACCUGGGACAGUGUCCUGGGACAGCACACGGCAGAACCACAUGAGCGUGUGCUCUGUAAAGCCUACACGGCUGGGUUUCUUCAGUGGCGGAACCCUACCUCUCCCACUUUGGGGCCUGGCGGCGUGCUCGCCGCGACGAAGCCAGAACUACAACUCCCAGCAUGCCGAGGGGCCCUACGUUCGUUCCGCGUUGCGCCGGCCACGACGAAUCCCGAACUACAACUCCCAGCAUGCCGCGGGCCCCGGUCAGCCGUAGCCGAGGUCAGUGAAGUCCCGCCGCUCCCGGUAGCCCUCGCCGGAAGGGUCGGGGUGGGGGACAGGGCGCUGCCCCGCCAUGCUCCGAGGACUGGCCCGGGCCGCGGCCCAGCGACACGGGGCCCUCUGGAUGCGGGGAUCUGGGAGCCAGUCGGGGGUCCCCACGCACGUGGUGGACCUGCGCAGCGACACGAUGACCAAGCCCGGGCCGGCCAUGAGGCGCUCCAUGGCCGAGGCGGUCGUGGGGGACGACGACUACGGCGAGGACCCCACCGUCCGCGAGCUGCAGAAAAGGGCUGCCACGCUGCUGGGGGUGGAGCAGACUUUGUUUGUGCCCACCAACACCAUGGCCAACCUCAUCUCUGUGAUGUGUCACUGCCGGCGCCGGGGCUCCCAGCUCCUCCUUGGGCAGGAGAGCCACCUCCACAUCUACAAGCAGGGUGGGGUGGCUCAGAACGUGGGGGUGCACUCCCACCCCCUCCCAGACCUGCCCCACAGCACCCUGGACCUGGCUGAGCUGGAGAGGAUGGUCACACGGGGCCUUGGGAGCCCCUGCCACACAGUCUGUGAGCUCGUUUGUCUGGAGAACACCCACAGCAGUUCAGGGGGCCGGGUCCUACCCAUCAACUACCUACGCCAGGUGCACCUCCUGGCCCAGAGCCGUGGGGUCCGCGUCCACCUGGACGGACCCCAGCUGCUGAGCGCCUCGGUGGCUCUGCACGUGCCCCCUGCCUGCUUCGUGGAGCACUGCGACUCUGUGUCCUGUUUCUCCAAGGGCCUGGGUGCACCAGUGGGGACCCUGAUUGGGGGACCCAAGCACUUCAUUGAAGAAGCCUGGCAUCUCCGGAAAGCCCUGGGCAGGGGGAUGCACCAGGCAGGGGUGCUGGCUGCAGCUGCCUUGGUGGGACUGGCUGACGCUGAGCAGGCGCUGCAGAGGGACCACCAGAAGGCCCAGAGAUUCGCCAAGGGUGCCUCGCCCACAGCCGCCCGCCCUCAUCCUCUUUCUGUCUUGGGGGUCUCCGUAGCAGGGCCUGUAUCCCCAGGAAGUACACAUCCUUCCAACUCUAAAGCAGGAAGGCGAGCCGCUGAGCCUCCAGGGGUGGGGCCCAGGCAGUCAGGGUGCUCCGCUGGACCACACUCGGCGGUGACCCAGACUGGCGUGUGCACAGCGGGGUCAGUGAUUCUUACUCUCUGCAAGAUCUGGCGGAGUGGAGCCUCCAACCUGGCUCUUUACAUCCAUUACUGAAUCGCUGAAACAACCCUGUGCUGUCCCUCCUUUACCGAAGAGGAAACACGCCCAGAGAGAUUAACUGAUUUGUCCAAGGUCACACAGCUACAAAGUAGCAGAGCCAAGUCUGUGUGACUCCAAAGGCCAUGUCGGGAUUCAGGGUCCCUCUUUUCUCCCACUACAGCUGGGCUGCCCAGUGCCUUUCCUGGGAUGACAGGGCAGGAUGAUGGGGACAGGCAGGGUCCUGGGAUGGGGCUGUGCUCACGGCGGGACCUGGGCCCAGGGCUGCAGGAGCUGGUGUCCCCCAUCUGUUCCGUGGAACUCCCUGCCGUGGAGACGAACAUGGUGAUGGUGCAGGUGGAUGGGAUGCCACCUGAGGAGCUGUGCCAGCGCCUGCAGACCGUGAGCGCUGAGGAGGUGGCCCAGACCGGCCACGCCAUGUGUGUGCUGCUGCUCCCCUAGACAGAGCGGUCAGCGCACACUGUGUGGCACCGCAACAUCUCGGCACAGGACACCGAGCUGGCGCUGAGGAAGUGGGGCUUCAUGCUGACGCAGCUGGGGCCCUGAGGACAGGGUGACAGGACCUUGCGCCCUGGCUGGGAUCCAGGUGGGGAAUGGAGGUGUCCCAAGGGAGCACGUGGGAGGCGAGGCUAUAAAACGCCUUUAUCCCCUUGUCUCCUUGGACCCCUUUACUUCCCAAACUUAGGGUGAAACCUUCCACCUGUGCUUGUUCAGCAAGCCCUGGGUGCCUCCUGUGUCGGGGACAGGGUAUCCAAGCAUCCAGGGACAGGUGUGGUCCCCACCACAGCCCAGGAGGCUCCCAGCCCACAAAAGGGGAAAAUGAUCCAAGCCACUUGCUCAGAGCCACACCGCCAAUGAGAGCAUCCUGUGUUCAGGGCCGUGGGGGAGGAAGCAGGUGAGGACAUCAGAAAGGGACAUCCUCGUUGGAUGGUGACAAGUGUUGUGGCAUGAGAGGGUGGCACUUUAUUUUGCAGUCAUCUAAUAUAGAUUUUCCUCUUAAGAAAUAAAAUUUUAUUCUUACAAAA